GUGUGCAUCGGCACCGACAGGGACCCGGGGCCGGCGGGGCCGAUCGCAGCUCUGGGAGAUAGAGCGAGAAAAGGGCGCGGGCCCAGGCGGGCGGAGGGGUGCGCUCCAAACGGGCACUGGGGUGCGCGGUCCCAGCCCCUACAUCUCGGGAGCUAGGGCUCCCGUGCUGGGGAGAGCCAGGCUGGAAGUCCCAGGAGGAGGGGAGGGAAGAGGUAGGGGGCCGGGCGCUGGGAAAGGGUCGCUCCGAGGCCUCUUGGAUGGGGGGUGCGGCUCGUCUGAGCGCCCCUCAAGCGCUGGUACUCUGGGCCGCACUGGGAGCGGCAGCUCACAUCGGACCUGCACCUGAUCCCGAGGACUGGUGGAGCUACAAGGAGAAUCUCCAGGGAAACUUCGUGCCAGACGAGUUAUCCAUAUCCCAAGACCAACAUGGCAGGUCCUGCCUGGUCCAGUCUAUUUGUGUCCCCACAGGACCUCCCUUCUGGGGCCUGGUGAACGCAGCCUGGAGUCUGUGCGCUGUGGGGAAGCGGCAGAGCCCCGUGGAUGUGGAGCUGAAGCGGGUUCUUUAUGACCCCUUUCUGCCCCCGCUCAGGCUCAGCACCGGGGGAGAAAAGCUCCGGGGAACCUUGUACAACACUGGCCGCCACGUCUCCUUCCUGCCCGCGCCCCGCCCUGUUGUCAAUGUGUCUGGGGGUCCUCUUCUUUAUAGCCACCGACUCAGCGAACUUCGGUUGUUGUUUGGAGCUCGAGAUGGGGCUGGCUCCGAACACCAGAUCAACCACCAGGGUUUCUCUGCUGAGGUGCAGCUAAUCCACUUCAACCAAGAACUCUACGGGAAUCUCAGUGCUGCCUCAAGAGGCCCCAAUGGCCUGGCCAUCCUCAGCCUCUUUGUCAAUGUGGCCGGCAGUUCCAACCCAUUCCUCAGUCGCCUCCUCAACCGGGAUACCAUCACCAGAAUCUCCUACAAGAAUGACGCCUACUUUCUUCAAGACCUGAGCCUGGAGCUCCUGUUCCCAGAGUCCUUCGGCUUCAUCACCUAUCAGGGCUCUCUCAGCACCCCUCCGUGCUCUGAGACUGUCACCUGGAUCCUCAUCGACAGGACUCUCAAUGUCACCUCCCUCCAGAUGCACUCCCUGAGACUCCUGAGCCAGAAUCCCCCCUCCCAGAUCUUCCAGAGCCUCAGUGGUAAUGGCCGGCCCCUGCAGCCCUUGGCCCAUAGAGCCUUAAGAGGCAACAGGGACCCCCGGCACCCGGAGAGGCGCUGUCGAGGCCCCAACUACCGCCUGCAUGUGGAUGGUGGUCCUCAUGGUCGCUGAGACCCUCCUACGAGGAUUACUCCCGCCUGUCCUGAGCUUCCUCACUUGGGAAGGGGAGUCACCCUAAAACAAAGCUAUUAAAGGGACUGAAUGUU